UUAGAUAUACUUCCGAGUAGCGUUAGCAUGUGUUAGCGACUUCCAUACGCAUGUAAAUAUAGCAUCAGCAAACGGUAAAUAUCAGUCAGUAUUGCUGUAAUUUACAGUAAAAGUCAACAUUAUAUUAAGGACCUGCACAUAUGUUUUGAGUAGACUUACGAUUUAUCGUACAUAAACAUUUAAAUAGCUACUUUGUACAAGUCUUGUCUGACCGGAGUGGAUGGCAGGUCCAGGUUUAUUUAGUGUUUAAAGAGUUUUUAAAUGUAGUUGGUGGAAGAAAAACUGAACUCUUGAUACCAAAUCCUGUGACACUGCCAGCCAACACCCCAGUUGGUACCCUGCACAGGACAUCCUAGCACCAUCUAAUGCGAGUCUGAAGCCAUGUCCAAGCAGACACAAGCGAAGCCCUCCCUGCGUUUCGGUCAGGUGGUUAUUGGGCCCCCGGGUUCGGGGAAAACCACCUACUGCCAAGGGAUGCAAGAGUUUCUGACUCACCUGGGACGCAAGGUGGUGGUUGUGAAUAUGGAUCCAGCCAAUGAAGGGAUACCUUAUUCCUGUGCGGUAGAUAUCUCAGAGCUGGUGACUUUGGACGAUGUCAUGGAAGGUUUAAAGCUGGGGCCCAAUGGUGGACUUCUCUACUGCAUGGAAUACGUCGAAGCAAAUCUGGACUGGUUGGAGGAGAAGCUGAAACAGUACAGUGACUGCUACUUCUUGUUUGACUGUCCUGGACAGGUGGAGCUCUACACCCACCAGAACUCAGUGAAGAAUAUCUUCUCACAGCUGGCCAAGUGGAAUUUCAGGCUCACAGCGGUGCACCUCGUGGACUCUCAUUACUGUGCUGAUCCAGCCAAGUUCAUUUCAGUGCUGUGCACCUCGCUGUCUACGAUGCUGCAUGUCGAGCUUCCCCAUGUCAACGUUCUCUCCAAGAUGGACUUGAUGGAGCAGUAUGGCAAGCUGGCCUUCAACCUUGACUUCUACACAGAGGUCAUGGACCUGACCUAUCUUCUCGAUCACUUGGCUGCAGACCCCUUCUUUAAAAAAUUCCGCCACCUAAAUGAAAAGUUGGCAGAGGUCGUACAAGAUUACAGCCUUGUGUCCUUUGUCCCUCUCAAUGUACAGGACAAAGAGAGCAUGAUUCAGGUCUUACGAGCAGUGGACAAGGCCAACGGCUACUGCUUUGGAGACCUGGAGGAGAGGAAUCUGCAGGCCAUGAUGUCAGCUGCUGUGGGGGCAGACUUCCAGUUCAACUCUACUCUCGGGGUGCAAGAGAGGUAUGUUGAAACCAGUGGAAAGACUGUGGAAGAGGAAAUGAUGGAGCUGUAAAUGGAAAAGCUCAAAUAACAGGACGAAAGCGGUCACCCCUUCAGCAGCAGUAUACGAAGGGGGUCCUGGGAACAUCCAUCUCACUUGGCCUGAAUUCUUCUCAGCCUCUCUGCAGAAGCAGUGGAGACAUAAGAACUAAAUGUGGGUGCUGUGGAUGCUUCACGGUCGCACCACACCUCAUGAAAGAAUCACAGUGACGAAGACUAAAGGGAGCAAAUGUGUGGGCUGAGUAAUCUUUUUUUUUUUUGUAUAAUGUUUUGUAGGCAAAAAAGAAAUGUCUU